AUGCCUUCCAAUCCGUUUGCGACAUUUCUCAUCAUCUGCCCUGUCUCUUUCUUCCUGGGCAUUCUCUUCUCUCUCUUCCCCUACGACUAUCCUCUCCUCUGGUCCUCACUGCCUACCCCGGACUCGCACUUUGAUGCCAUCGAAUCACACCUAAAACUCUUGCACAAUGCGCCGAACCUCAUCCAGCGCAUCCUGCACAUCAUGUUGUCUGCAGGUCUCUUGGGGUUGAUCAUCAAGCUAUACAAGCCUAGCGAGUCCAAUAUGCUUUUUGACGGAGGCAGCCUGGUGCUCUACAUGGUUGCCGUCAUUGUCUACAUCGCCAAUAUUGUCAAAGGUCUCCGCAUCGUCACCGACGGCUCAUAUGGGGUGGUGCCGGACGCUGUGGACACGCCCGGUUACGACGCGGAUGCGGUCGACAGCGUUGUGGGACGUGAGGACAAUCUCAAAGUCCUGGCUGCGAGCAACACCAUCUUGGCGUUGGUGCUCGUUGGUGUUUUGGUCCUACAAGUUGGCCAGUGGUACGCGGAGCGUGUUGACGAACGCGCGCUGAAGGAUUUCCAUGAGAAGGAGAAACUCGAGCAAGAGAAGAAGGAAGCCGAGUCCCCACCGAGUGCAGCUGUGAAGCGACAGGGGAGUUCCAGAGAAGGCAAGAAGACGAAAUAA